AUGGGUCGAGGCGACGGCGCCGGGGACGGGGCGCGAUAUUGGCGGCGAGGUUGGGCGGCGGCGCGGCCGCUCGCGGGUUUGCGUGGCGUGCACUGCACGUGCGCGACGUUCGUCAAGGGGAAAGACGGCGACAACGAUGGGGCAAGGAUCCUCUUGGGCUCGAGCGAUGGGCGCGUGUUCGACGUGCGCGUGGACGCAGCGGACACGCGACGGUUUGAAAAAUCGUGCGAAGUGGCGUUAGAGUUGCGAGACGGGAAAGCCAUCACGGGAGUGUGCGCGACGAAAGAUCGCGCGAGCGAUGGUAGUGAAAGGUUCGGGGCACUGAUUACGACGCCGUCGAAAUUGUACGCGUUCGUGGGGUCGUAUUCAUUAGAGUCCGUGCUCGCCAUGGCACGCGCCCGACCGAGCGGUUUCGAGGCGGCGGUUGAGAUGCCCGUGGAGAGCGAUAGGAGUAAGCUGUGCGUGUGGCGAAAGCGGCGAUCAUCAACGCCUGAUCGCAUGGCGUGGCUCACCGGGGCUGGGGUUUAUCGCGGGAAGCUGAAUUUCAAAGUCGACGACGCUUCAAGCGUGUUGGAGCAACACGGCGCGCUCCCCUUUCCAAAACUAGAAGACGACGAAUCGGGGAACGACGCCCCGAUUUCGCUUGCGAUGACGGAGCAUCACAUUUUAUUGCUAUACUCGACGCGUUUGGUGGCCAUGAAUUCAAUCACGGGAGAUGUGGAAGGGACGAUUAAACUACCCCUAGGUGGCGCGUCGACAUUCGCUUUCACCGAUCCUGCGACGUCUGUUCCGUACGCGGCGAACGCAGAGAAUUUGCUACAAAUCGUCGUUACAAACGAAGAUGCAAACAUGUGGCGAGUGUACUGCGACCAAAAUGAUUACGACCAAGCGAUUACGGCGUGCAAGUCUGAUUUACAGCGGCAGUUCGUGUACACUGCUCGAGCAGAACGCGCGUUGAAAUUGAAACGCUUCGACGAAGCCGCGACGGCGUUUGCCAACGCCGGCAUCGCGCACGCAAUCGAAACGAUCGCAAAAACGUUCGUUGACUUGAACGCAAAAGACGCACUGUAUGCGUACAUGGAAGGGCGGUUACGCGGCUUACCGCAAGACGAUGCGGCACGACGUUUGAUCAUCGCCAUGUGGUUGCUUGAGGAGUACGUCAAGAUUGCGAGCUUCUCUCGCAACGAGGCGAACGACUUCAAGGUUCGAGAGUUUUUGCGAGAAAAUUUCGAGAGCCUGGACGAACGGGAAGCGUUGCGAAUUUUAAGCGAAGCUGGUCGUAUCGAUGACGAAAUUUACUUUGCCGAACUGUGCGGUGAUUACGACAGGGUAUUGGAUCAUUUCAUGCAAAUCGGCGACGCGAGAAAAACUUUAGAAAUCGCGGCUUCGCCUAAAGUACCGCGUUCAACGUUGAAUCGAGUGUUGCCGACACUCAUUAAGGCACUGCCAAAAGACUCGAUCGAUUUCAUGCUAUCACGCCCGAAGACGGAUGACGAUGUGAAAAUUAUAGAGGCUUUGGCUCGCGACGAUGCGUCCUACGCGGCGUCAGAGACGAGUGAAUCGCUGGCUGCAUACUUGACGAGAUAUUUAGAGUCCAUCACGGCGAAACCGGACGGCGCAGCUCGCGGCGACGCCACGGUGCACGAUCUUCUGCUCGAUGUGUACAUCAAACAGCUAGAAUCCUCACCCACCGUGGUGGCAACGUUGAACAAGUACAUACUCGACGCCGUGGAUGAAAGCACUAAUGCGCCGUACUACGACGUACAUUAUGCGAUUCGUAUGUGCGAAAAACAUGGCGCACAUCGAAGCGCUGUGUACGCAUACUGUGUAUCUCGGGAUUUUGACAUGGCCAUGCACGUCGCGUUGACGACGCUUCAAGAUGUGGAGUUGGCAAAAACCGUGACGAAAAAAGCCGCCGAGUCGAAAUCAGAUGAUCCAAACGAAGACGAAAUCACGCAGAAAAAACUGUGGAUUGAGAUUGCAAAGUGGUCGAUUCGCAAGUCUGGUGCACUGGACAAGGCAAUGGCAUCGAUGGACGAAGACGAAAAGCGCACCGCGAUUCGCAGCGCGCUGAGCUUUUUGAAUGAAACCAACGGCGCGUUGCGUGUGGAGGACAUUCUUCCUCUCCUUCCCGACUUCACCAUCAUCGACGACGUGAAGGACUUGGUGCUGCAGUCUCUCACAGAGCAUCGAACGGAGAUCGAACAAUUGAAAGAAGGCCUAGAAGAGAUCACCGCCUUCACGCAAGACGUCCAGGACGAUAUCGAGGAGAUGGAACAGAAAACCAUCGUCAUCUCCAAGGAUACGAAGUGCUUUGAAUGCGGCAAGCCUGUGGUGCGUUUGCGUCUGAUGGAGACGGCGGAUGAUCCAAACUUACUCGCCCCUUUCUAUGUCUUUCCGUGCGAGAUGGCGUAUCACACUGAGUGCCUACUCCGACGCACGCUACCUCUCAUGCUCAUCGAUCAACGCAAACGAGCGUUGGCGCUCAUGCGUGCGCUCAAGGUGCCGCUCCCGCGACGGCUCAAGCCCGAGACAAAGUUUUGGGGCGCGCCGCCGAAAUCUGCCACCGGUCUCACCACCGCCGAAGCCGUGAGUGAGCUCGAAGACAUCUUAUGCGCAGACUGCCCAGAUUGUGGCGCGCACGAUUUACGUCUCAUAAACCUCCCAAUCUUGACACCAGAAGAGGAAGCCUUGGACGAGGAACUCGUGCGUUUGCUCCCGCCCGAGUGGUUCGAGCCCAUGCACGCAGCCAUCAACAUGAACGACCCCGCGGAGACGUACCUGACCAUGGAAGAUUUCAAAAAAAUAGAUCUCGGCGAGGGAUGGCCCGAUCACGACUUCUUCCGCACGUUUUAG